UGUCGUCAUCUUUAUGAGACGCAAUAUUGGGCGCGCGCUGUAGCGCUUCGGAAAACAAGUUGCGUUAUCAAUAAUGGCUACCUCCAAAAAAGGAAAGAAAGUGGUAAACCAAGAGGAGCUCCGGCGGUUGAUGAGGGAGAAACAAAGACAAACUGCGGACAAGAAGCGCGUCGAGUCUCCCUUCGCUAAAUACAACAGUCUGGGCCACCUCAGUUGUACCGUGUGCAAUGUGCAGGUGAAGUCUGAGCUAGUGUGGCCAGCUCAUGUUCUUGGGAAACAGCAUAAAGAAAAAGUUGCUGAGUUGAAGGCGGGUAAAAUUCAACCAGUGGCACCACAAUGUCAAACCGUGAAGAGGAAAGCUUCAGACGACGACGAAAUCGUUAAAGCGAAAAAGGCGAAGCCAGCAUCGUUUGCAGGUCAGUCUGCAUCAGAUGCAGGUGUACCUGGAGAUUUCUUCGAGAAGCCCAGCGAUAAAGCUUCUGUCCAAAAGUCUGCAGGACUCAGUCUCCUGGCAGGAGUUUACGACGAAGAUGAGGACGACGAAGAAGCUGGUGAGACGAAUCCUGCUCCGAAAGUUGAAGCUGCAGGACUACCUUCUGACUUCUUCGACAGCUCCAUCCCGUCUACACCUGCCAUUUCCCACUCAGGGUCCAUCCUCAAAGCAGACGUGCAGGAGAAGGGCGCUGAAAAGAAAGACAACACUGCCGAAGCCUUGCCUGAGGGCUUCUUUGACGAUCCUGUCAGAGAUGCCAAAGUUCGCAAUGUCGACGCGCCCAAGGAUCAAAUGGACAAAGAGUGGGAAGAGUUCCAAAAGGAGAUCCGACAGGUUAACACCAAAUCAGAAGCGAUCGUGGCAGAGGACGAUGAAGAAGGGCGCAUUGAACGCCAGAUUGAUGAAAUCGAUGAACAAAUUGAGUGUUACAAAAGGGUUGAACUACUUCGAGAUAAGCGGGAUGUGUUGAAAAGCAAGCUUGUGCCCAAAGUGAGCGAACGAAUGGAAACAGUGAGAGCUGAAGAGGAAGAGGACGAUGAAGAGGAGUUGUUGGGGCUUUUAUCCCAAGACUGGAGGGCUAAAGGGGCUCUGGCUUAAUUAAUGGUCGUGUUUAUAGAAAUGUGACUGAUCUUACUAGUGUGAAAAUGUUGAUAAAACUGAGAGCAAUUAUUAUGCAAAGAAU